AUGCUUCAACUAAGAAUGAUAAUACCACGGCUACGGCCCGUUCAGUUGUUCUCAAUCACCCGUCAAGCAACACCCAUACAGACCUCAGCUCUCCCUCGAAGCUUCCAGCGCUCACUUCAAAAAUCUCUACAAGCUCAAUUGAGAUGCUACUCCAAACCCUCACAUGCACCCAAAAAGCCAAACAGGAUAGAAGAUGAGCUUAAGCGACAGGCUAGAGCUGUAGCCAAGGAGGGCAAAGACUUCGAGCUUCCUGAGAGACUCAUCAUAUACCAUGGCGGUACAGGCCGCACCACAUUCAUGGCCAUGCUCAAAAUCACAACACUCUUCCUCGGUGCUUUCUUCUGUGGUAUAGUUGCACCAAGCUAUGUAAAAGCUGAAAAGCCCGAAUGGGUCACCGCAAGCAUCAUCCUCUGCGGCAUCGUUCCCAUCUUUUUCGUCGGCUACAUAACCUCCCCAUUCGUAACACAUAUCUACAUCCACCUCCCUCCCUACGCACGCACAUCACGCCCCAUUCUGGAACGCUUCGUCAAGACCCUCCCGCCCACCACGCCCCUGACCCUAGCCACCAUGAGCGCCAUCUCCAAGCCUCGCUACAGCAGCGUUCAGGCCGGCGAUCUGAGUCCUGUGCGACGCCGCUUCGGGCUCGUCAACUACGUGCGUGACACCACGGAGGAGAACGCUCAGCGCAAGUGGUACAUGUUCCGUGCCGUUGGGAAGUUCUACGUUCAGGAUACGAAGCCGACGACGAGAGUGAGGUAUCAGAAGAAGAAGGACAGGGUAGAUGGCUGGAUUUGGGAUUCUAUCAAGGAGCGUAUUGACAAUCGAGCUCUGAAGGCUGCGUCGCCCUAUAAGGGUGAUCCUAGGAUUUGA